GAUAAUCGUUUGUGUGCGCGCGCGUGUGUCCGGAUCUGCUUACCGGACCGGUUUCAUGUUUCCACCACAGAUUAAAUAGGAAGAUUUUAAUAAUAGUUUGUUUUUUUUAUAUAUAUUAUUCAAAAACUGCACAAGUUUUUGUAAACCAAGAGAUUUUUUUUCAUGAUUUCGGACUUUAGGGAUCCACAAGAGGAAGACGGACAUCAACUCUGUUGUUUUCAAGAUAUUUUUCGGGACAUGGGGACAGCAUGAUUGGAGCAUCCAGUCUACCAGGUCACACACUGAUAGCGUGUCAUUUCCCUGUGGUGCAACUUCCCGCUUGGCAGCUUCCAGUCCAGGUCUUGUCCAGAUCAGCCAAGAGGCCGAGCCGGCUAUGCUCAUCAGGACUGACCCGAGCAGUGUCCCUCCCAGAGCAGGACACUCUUGUCAGAGAUCACUCCUUCACAAGAGGAUGGAGACCUUUUUCCAGCAGCUACAGUAGUCUCUGUGAGAAUCAGGUGGAGGAAGAGGGGACCAGCGACAGCAGCGGAAAAUACGAGUCCAACUCAUCGCCAGAAGAAAUAGGAUCCAGUAUCAAGGAGGGAAGCUGUGGAGCUGGAAAUAACCUGCGCUCACACAACUCCUUUCUUCCCAAACCAGAGCUGGAUGAGGAGGAAGAAGAGGACAGGGAUGGAGAUAAUCUCCACAAAUAUCAUGAGGACUCUUCUUUUGCGCUGCAUGGAAACUCCCACUGGUCACUGAAUCAUGGAGGAAUUGAUGCAUUUCUUCACGAAGAACUUGGUGUUGAAUGGAACAAUGAAGGGUUAAUGCUGGGGAUGGGAAAAAACCAAGAGUGGCUGUCUAACCAGAUGGACUCACUGCAUCAGAGAUGCCAUCGCUGUCCUGUGAGCAGAUCUCUUCUGUCUUCUUCAGAGCAGAAUUCAGACAUCCUACAGCAGAAUAUCUAUGGAAAAUGUUCCCCAGAGCUGCUAGCCAACAUUCAAACAGAAGACAACACUGACUCCUCAUGUAACAGCUCUGAUGGCAUACUGGUUAACUUCUGCACCAUCUACAAUAAAAGCAACAAUCCUGCCACACCUCAGGAUCUCAGCAGUCCUGCUGCUGAUUCAUGUCAGAUUUCAGGGGGUUCUGUGUUCCUCUCUCUCCAACCUGCUCCUCAACUGGCCCAGAAAGAAGAUGCUGAUCCCAAACCAUUUGGCAUGGACUCAAACUGCAACCUUUAUUCCUUAGAGCUGAUGGCUCCUUGCCUCUCUUCUCUGGAGGUUACAGACCUGACCGCGUGCAUUCAAAGCCAGGACAGACUGGCUAUGGAGACAAACCAGAAGUACUAUAAGCUUGUGACCUGUGACCUCUCAUCCCAGUCCCCAAGCCCUGCGUGCUCUGGCCUCACUGGAUGUCCCGGAGAGCCUGGCAGAGGCUGCACCAUUCCAGUACCUCCUGGUUCUAACAAAGAAGGACCACCCAAAGAAAACAUGGAGGUUGGUGUUGAAAAGGCAAGCGAUCAGCAGGUUACCACAACUUCCACCAACAUAGCCCCCUGCAGGAAGCAACAUUUGCACGGUACCCAGAGCUUCUCCUACAUGCCUUGUUCACCAUGCUGCGGCCAGAGUAGCCCCCAUAGUAGUAAAUGCCAAGAAAGAGGAGCUGAAUCCACCCAGCCAUCUGUGAUUCAGAACAGAGAGUACACUGAUGCAGAUGCUACUGAAAUGGGUGUUUGGUCUUGUGACAAGGAAAUGGUACGCUACAGUAAGCUACAAAGACCAACUUCUUUGCCCAUCCAGCCAUUUGUUCUGCUUCACACAGAGAAGCCCCAGAUCCAGCCUGGACAAUGUAACUUAGGAGGCCUGCUUGAUCAGUACCUAAAUCAUAAGAGCAGCAAACCUAAUAGCUCCCAGAAUGGCGUCAAGUUCAAGGAGAAAAGAAGCCAAUGUUUAUCUGAACUGCAAACCUCACCUAUGGAGAGUCUUUGCCCAGUAUUCCUGGAGGCUGCUUCAAGCUCUGAUACCUGCUCCACCUGCACCCCAAGUCCAAAAGGUUUGAGCUACAGACACACGUGGAGUCAAAAGUAUCAACCAACAGCCAAUGAGACCAGCCAUGAGGCAGUAGUUCAGUCUCAGGAAAGAAUACGGUUAAACCCUGGAACAACAAGCCAUCAGCCCAACCUGGUUAGGAUCCCUACAUACCAGGACCUGUUUAGCCUUCAACCAGAAAUAAACCAAGUCACCGCUCAAACCAAAAUUACUAACACUGAUUUUCAUUCAAAACUCUCCCAUAUGUUACCCAUAACACCUGAAAGCGUGGUUUCAAACCUGCCAGUGUCCCUACUACCUCCAAAACCCUCAAGACCACAGCUAAAGCUCCAUCAAGAUCAGUCCCUCACUGCUGCAGCAUGCCUCUCCUCUUUAAGCUCAUUCCUCUCUUCAGGCCUGCACCAAAAGAAAACUGAAGAGCCUGUUAGACCCAGCCCAAUGCCAACUCAGAGCCAGAGCAGCCAGGCUCUGAUCGUGAGCGACAGGCCGCCCGUAGAGUUCUGCCUCUCACUGGAUACAUCUUAUGAGUCAAUGUCUAUCAGUCAUCUGCAGAGGAAAGGCUUGCUGAGAGCUGUGAGCAAUGCAGUGGAUUUGAUCAUGGCUCAUUUUGGAAGUAGCAGAGACCCAGAAGAAAAGAUGCGUCUGGGUAACAGCUCCUACAGUUCCACUAUAGCAGGCCUCGUCCUUGAACACUUGUGUCCUGCGAUUCAGAACAUUUUAGAGGACGGUCUGAGAGAUCACAAGCUGGAUUUCAUAAUAGGGCAGCGUCGCAAUCAUUCCUGGAAUGUGGUGGACAUCUCUACAAGAAUAGGUCCGUCCACCAAGGUUCUCUACAGCCUUGUUUCCAAAAUUAAACAGUGUCCCCAGCUCACCAGCCACAGUAUGAGAUUACGAGCCUUCCUCAUGGGCCUUUUAAACUUGAGAGCUUUGGAGUUCUGGCUCAGUCAUCUGCAAAGUCAAAAAGAUGUGGUUACCACCUACUAUCACACCUGGGGGUUUCUAUUCACUUCACUGAGUCGCUGCCAGCCCCUGUUCCAGGAGCUGCUCCUCCUCCUUCAGCCACUCUCUGUGCUGCCAUUUGACCUCAACCUGCUCCUGGAGCCGCGACUGUUAUGCCACACACAGCUGUGUUCAGAGGAGUGUGAUGCUCUCCCACCUCAGCCAUGCUCGGCCCUGCUUGUGACCAGCUGGCCAAAGCUACAGGUUGACAGAAAGGUGGAAGACAGCAGGCGAAACAGUCAAACACACCAAAGGCAGCAGGAGUUUCUCAGCAGUCAGAGUUCAAGUGGCUGCAAGCAGAAUUAUGAGGCCAUGCAAACUAACAGGAGUCCGCUUUUGGCUUCUGCUCCUGUGCAUAGUGUAUCAAAAGUGGCAAACUGUAGCCUAGAUCAUAGAGGUACAAUGUUGAAAAUCUAUGAGGAGGGCUGGAAGAAUGAGAGAGAAGUGAAAAAAGACAAUGGGAGCCAAAAUGCAACAAGCUCUGACCGUGUAGAGACUCCCUUUCAGAACAGCCUUCGUUGGGCAAAACUGUUUGGAGCUGCUGGUGUUUCUGCCAGAGCAGAGAAGAGUUUCCAGUCUCACUCUAAAGCACAAAGACAAAGACUACCAUCUCAGUGGCUGCACUUGGACAGAUCGCAGAUUGGACUUCUGGCCCAGUCCAUUAGAUCUAUAAAGCUAGGAUGAGCUCAGACUGGCUCUGGUUGCUGAAAAAACAACAUAAUGUGUGGGAGAUUAGGUACCAGAAAAGCAUUCAAAAAGCACAAUUACACUUCUUUAUGAUAACAAAAUAUUGCAACAACGAAGCAUCAGAUUUCAAAGGUAACAACCACCUGCCAAUUUUUAUUAAGUUUUGAUUAUUUUCAGUCUUUAAAAGCAAUAAAAUGCUGUGAUAGAAACGUAUCAUUUUUAUAUGCAGAAUUACAAUAUUAAUCUAGUGAUGAAACCAAACUGUGAAUUCAAAAUAAUGCCCUUUAGAAAGUUCAUUCAGUAUCAUCAAAGCAACAAAAAAAUAACUAUAGGAGUACAGCUAAACAUUUGGCAUCCCUUUGUAAAAGUCAAAGCCAAAAUCUAGAAAUGUAUUAAUUUUUUUCACAAAAAGUAAUAAAACAGUAUUUACUCAAUGAAAAAAAAAAUAUCUACAUUUUUGGACCAGAGUUUCUAAGAACUCUAAUUUUGUAAUCAGUUCCUCUUUCCACUUGUUAAUAUUAUGAUGCGUAAAAUGAUCACAGUCUCCAUACCAGAUUACCACCAGAUACCGUAAAUGAGACUAUUUCCUGGAAAAUACCCUUUUUCUUACCAUAAUAUCUGUCUGGGACUCAGUUUAUGGAAUCAAACACUCAUAAUGGACCCAUCAUAAAACAAAAGUUGAAUAUAUUAGAAAAUAGAACAGAAAAUUACUAUUUUUUGUCCCAUUAUGGAAAAAAUGUCAGCACAACAGCAGCAAAGUAAAAGACAUUUAAAGUGAGAUUGUCACCAAUUUAAAAUCAUAAGAAAUAGAAUAAAGAAUAAAAUUAUGUAUAGUAAAGCAAUAAAUUAACAUAAACACAAAUUGAAUACAUGCUAUGUUAAACAUGAAUAAAAAUACGGCGAAUAGAAGCAUUUAUGUAAACAGUGACGCCGGAGCAGUGAUGUUUAUGAAGUCUCACAGCUGUUGGUGGGAAGGAUCUGCGAUAAUUCAUUUGGUAUGCAGCAGUCUUUCACUGAAGUGGCUUCAUGCAUGGAGAGGGAGACAUUGUCAGACAGGGAUGUUAUUUUUGCAAGAUUCCUUCUGUCUCCCACUAGGUGGCAUCUAAGCACAAAGCUGGCCUUCCUGAUAUGUGCAAUAUCUGCAAUAGCAAAUCAUGUUUUCUGAUAAGUAUGGUAGAGGACCUAUAAUACUGUGAACCUAUUUUUUUCCUAUAAUGAAGCAAGUUAGAGCAAAUUGCAUUGUGGUUAAAAAUAACAGUACAUUUUAAAUAUGAGUCUUAUUGUUUCUGACAGAAACCUAAAAAUGAGCCGUAAUUGUGUCUUUUAGCAGGUGAAUAAUAAUAAAAUAAUAUUUUUUGUGCCCAAACCUUAUAAUGAUUAAUAUGAGAAAAUUCUGACCUGCUGUCAAACAGGACUUUGUACAGAAAUGUGUAUAAAGCUUUAUUUAUUUAAAGCUUUUUACACAUCCUUAUAAGAGAAGCCAGAAAACGUGUAGAGUACUCUGUAUGAACAUCUAAAGGUUUUUGGGUUCUUUUUUUUUUUUUUUUUUUUUACCAAAACAGGUAAAAAAAAAUAAAAAAUUAAAUGUAUAACACCGAAAUAGUUAACUUGUUUCAUACAAAGAACUCUAACACAGAAUAUUUAAAUAAAAAUAUUUUAUUAGUUUUCCCCCCUCUGUAGUUUCUGGUCAUAUAGGCUGAUAGAGUAAAUAAAAAGAAUUAUUUAUUUUUUUCCUGAUGUCAAAUGGCCUCUGCAUUCUGGAUAAAGAGGACUUGGUGCUCAUAUUUUACCCCUUGAUUUUAAUUUAUGUGCACUGACCCCUGCAUAGAUCAGGGUUUCACUUCAGCACUAGAUACAAAAAAAAUGACACUUAGUGCUAAAAAACAAACACACUGUCUUUUUUUCUAACUAGCCUUUUUUUCUUGUCAAAUCCUCUGCAUGGACUAAAUUUAGGUUCAUGGACUAAUAAACAUGCUGUAGGUGCUCUUGCUCCACAGCUAGCUAGUUGUACAGUUGAUUUUCAAAAUGUCACUUUUUUCUCUCAUUGUUUUGCUGCAGAAGUACAGUAGGAGCCCUCUGGUGGCUGUUUCAGCCAUUACAGUACCUGUGUGCCAAACCGCUUGUCAAAUAAAUGGAUAGAAAGCGGAAGAAAAAUAUGUUUGUGUCAUUUAGUGAAAGUACAAUUUCUAAUGCACUGUAAUAUGUGUAAAAAUCUGUUUCAGCUCUAAUUUUUCGCAUUUUCUCUGCUUUUUUUUUCUCUAGUCUGCUUCCUCUAAUUGCCUGUGACAAUCAGUCUCUCAAUAAAGCCCUGAAACACUUC